AUGAAGCCAGCAGCACAUCCGCUGCCGCCAUCGAGCAGCCUUCCGCCGCUCCGGACCUUGGAUCAACUCACCGAGUCUCAGGUUGCAUCCGCUAUCCAGAGCCUAUCGACCAUCUACUGCUCACUUCCCAUCUCCGUUGCAUUCCAGUUGAACCCUGACCACAAAUUUUCUCAUCAUGCUGCAUCCGUAGUCGACUCCGGUUAUGUGUCUGAGACCGAUGACGACCACGAAGAGAUUGAUGGCGUUGACCAUCAUAUUGCGGCCCUCCGAGCCGAUCUUUUUGAACGCAGCUUUGCCGAACGCUGGUUGACGGGCUUUAUCGCCCGAGCCGAGACCCUAUCCUGUUUUACCUCAGAGGACGCCUGUCAGCUUGCCCUUGAGCAGGCUUCCUGCGUUCUUGAGUCCUUUUUCGCCCCUCCUGAGGAUGAUGACGACCAAGAUGAGAGUGAUAACGACUACACCCGAGACUUUUCGUUCCAACUCUUGCUUGCGGCAACUGAUAGUCGUGUUCCCGUGACAGUCCGGCUCAAUGACCGACUUGCAGGGACGAAUUCUGCUGACCCAGACGACGUCGGUCUUCAAAGUUGGGGUGCAUCCAUUGUCCUUUCGGAUCUCAUGUGCGCCGACCCGGCCCGAUUUGGCCUUACACAACCUUCACUCGGCUCCUCGCCGCGCAUCAUCGAGUUGGGUGCAGGAACUGGACUCGUGAGCCUGGCACUCGGGAAAAUGCUUCCCCACUUGGGUGCAUCGAGAUCAGUCAUUGUCGCAACGGACUACCACCCUGCGGUACUCGCCAAUCUGAAGUCGAAUAUCUCUAUCAACUUCCCCUCCUCGGAGUCGAGCCCCGUCCAGAUGACGGCCCUCGACUGGUCCGCGCCCGUGUUAGAGGCUCCCUUGGAUGUCUCGGCGCAAAUUAUCAUCGCAACAGACGUCAUUUACGCACCAGAACACGCAACCUGGUUGCGAGAUUGCGCGACGCAACUGCUCGCACCGGAUGGAGUGUUUUGGCUUCUAGUUACUGUUCGCUGGAAUGGCAAAUUCAAUGGUGUCAGCGACACGGUAGAGGGCGCUUUCACGGCGGUUGAUCGUCCCCGGGGAAAGAACGGGAAACAGCUUACAGCGCUGUACAAUGAGAUCAUCGAAAAACGCAGUGGAGUUGGGCGAGGCGAUGAGAGUGGCUACAAGCUUCUAAAAAUCGGAUGGGCAUAG